AUGCCUGCGCAAAACCCCGGCCAGGUCGCGCAGCUUCUGCUCAGCUUGGAGGCUGCCCGGAAACAGGACAAAGGCGCGAAGAAGCGAACCUACACCUGCAAGAAGUCCACCUUUAACGUCGCGGGCACCAAGAACAUGACCGUGGACUCGUGGAAGUUUAACGACUGGGAUUACAAGAGCAAGGACCUCCCUACAUAUGCUCGUGGACUGUUCACCACUAGGCGCAAAGAUGGUCAGGCCGAGAUCGCAGUGCGAGGCUACGACAAGUUCUUCAAUAUCGACGAGACCAACAACACCAAGUGGGGGAAUAUUGAGAACAACACCAAGGGUCCAUAUGAGUUGAGUGUGAAAGAGAAUGGAUGUAUCAUUUUCAUCGCUGGUUUGGAGAACGACAAGCUGCUCGUUUGCAGCAAGCAUUCAACUGGUGUUCGAGAUGAUGUCAAUGUCAGCCACGCACAGGCCGGUGAGCGCUGGGUUGAGCGUCAUGUCGCGUCCGUUGGCAAGUCCUCAAAGGACCUUGCAAGGAAGUUGCGUGAGUUGAACGUCACCGCAGUCGGAGAGCUUUGCGACGAUAGCUUCGAGGAGCAUGUUCUCGCUUAUGACGAGGCUGCGUCUGGUAUCUACCUUCACGGUCUCAACUACAACCUCCCUCAAUUUGCGACGAUGUCUGGAGAGCGAGUACAUGAGUUUGCGGAUGAGUGGGGGUUCAAGAAAGCCAAGUUCGAGGUUCGAGAUGACAUAGAAUCCGUCAAGAGCUUCCUCGAAGGAUGCGCCGAAACAGGUACCUGGGAUGGCCGUGAGACCGAAGGCUUCGUGAUUCGAUGCCAGAUGAGUGAAAAUGGUGGGCCUUACAGUGACUGGUUCUUCAAGUACAAGUUCGAGGAACCUUACUUGAUGUACCGCCAGUGGCGUGAAUGCACCAAGGCCGUCAUCGCAGGGAAGCUCCCCAAAAUCAAGAAGCAUGAGAAGAUCACCGAAGAGUAUCUCCAGUUUGCGCGGAGGCAGUUCAUCAGAGAUCCCAAACUCGCCAGGGAAUAUAAUCACAACCACGGCAUCAUUGGCAUGCGAGAAGCUUUCUUGAAAGAGCGUGGAUUGAAGGGAUCUGAGAUUAUUGCCUUGGAAACCGAAGAGAAGAAGAGUGGGAAAGAAACAACCAAGAACGUCAUUCUUGCUCCUGUCGCCUCGUUGGGAUGUGGAAAGACUACUGUUGCUCUCGCUUUGGUGCACCUCUUCGGAUGGGGUCACGUCCAAAACGACAACAUCCCCAAGCAGAAGAACAAGCCUAAGAAGUUCGCCUUUGAAAUCGCGAGCGCCAUGUCAGAGCAACCCGUCGUGAUCGCGGAUCGGAACAAUCACCAGCGCCGCGAGCGCAAGCAGCUGAUGGAAGACAUCUUCCCAGUCAUCAGUGACUCACAGUUCGUGGCUCUUCACUACGUUCACGAGCCCAAGCGCGACCUACUUCCUUCCAUCAAGGAAUUAACCCGAAAGCGAGUCCUGGACCGUGGAAACAACCACCAAACCAUCCGAGCGGGCACAUCCAGCAGAGAAGAAAUCAUCGGAAUCAUGGACGGCUUCCUGGCCCGCUUCGAAGGCAUCGACACAAGCCGCGACCCAGACGAACACUUCGACCAUGUAAUCGACCUAGACGUCUGCGCCUCCUCGCGCGAGAACCUCGAAGCCAUCGUCCAUGCCCUGCACGACAUAUACCCGCUCCUGGUCCCCGAGAUCCCAACCCCCGAAGACCUAGACAACGCCAUCUCCGCCGCAAUGCACGACUACGAAGUCCAGAAGGACCUAAGUGCCGGCUACUCCAUGCCCAAGAAGUCCGGACCCAGCAACCAAAUCUCACCCGGCAAGCUCUCCCCUCCCCUCCUAGCCCGCAAAAUCGAAUACUUCGGCAUCUCCGUGCCCUCCUCGUCAAUCACAAGUACACUCCAAGCUCUAUUCCAAAACAAAUCCCCCGAAGUCGCAAAAUUCUACAACCACCUCGUCAACUCUCGCCGCAUCCAACCAGCCUUCCAUGUAACACUGAUCCACCGAGCAUCGCGCGAGGACCACAAAGCUAUCUGGGACCGCUACGCAAAAUCCUACAUCGACGUUCUCACCAAGAACCCCGUAUCCGACCCCAUCGCCACCCCUCCGUCCCUGGGUCCUGCGCGCGUCCGUCUCGAGCGUCUGGUUUGGGAUAACCGGAUCAUGACGUUCGUCGCGCGCAUUCUCCCUGCUGAAGGGGAGGUUGACGAGCUCCCUUGUGCCAACGCUAUUGCGCAUAUCACUGUUGGAACGGCGAGUGCGGAUGUUAAACCGAAGGAGAGUAAUGAUUUGUUGCAGAGGUGGGUCGAGGUUGGCUCGGGUGUGGAGAGUGGGAUUUCCGAGGCUGAAGUUACCGGAGUGAAGGUUGUUGAGGGAGUUGUUGGGGUUACUAUGACGCGUGGGAAGUAUUAG